CGUGGAGUAGACUACGUAUAAAUAAACCCCCGUAGCCGUAGUACUUCUACUUCUGCCACGCCAGUAGUAGACGAUCGACGCCACUCCAGUUAAACUUCUAGCUAUGGGGUCGUUGGAUGUGGCCAAGGAGAGCUUGCACAGUACGGCACCGAAGCAGCAGCUAACCUUCGCGGUGCGCCGGCGCGUGGCGGAGCUGGUGUGCCCGGCGGUGGCGACGCCCCGGGAGACGAAGCGGCUGUCGGACAUCGACGACCAGGACACGCUCCGCGGCCACGUGCGCUUCGCCCUCUUCUACCGCGGCGGCAGCCAGAAGCAGGAUGAUGACCCGGUGGGUGUGAUCCGGCGUGCUCUGGCGGAGGCGCUGGUGCCCUACUACCCGCUGGCCGGGCGGCUCCGGGAGGUGGUGGCCCGGAAGUUGGUGGUCGACUGCGCCGGCCAGGGGGUCCUGUUCGUCGAGGCCGACGCCGACGUCCGGCUCGCCGAGAUCCAGGCCGCCGGGCCGCUCACGCCGCCGUUCCCCUGCAUGGACCAGCUGCUCUUCGACGCCCAAGGGUCCGACGGCAUCCUCAACGCCCCCUUGCUCCUCAUCCAGGUGACGCGGCUGCUUUGCGGCGGGUUCGUCUUCGCGCUGCGGCUCAACCACACCGUCUGCGACGCCAUCGGCAUCGUCCAGUUCAUGGGCGCCGUGGCGGAGCUCGCCCGGGGCCUCCCGUCCCCGACCGUGAACCCCGCGUGGUCACGCGAGCUCCUCGAGGCGCGCUCCCCGCCGUCGCCGUCGUUCCCGCACCGCGAGUACGACCUCCUCCCUCCGCCGCCGCCGCCUCCUCCAUCCGACAUGGUCCUUCGCACCUUCUCCUUCAGCUCCGGCAACAUCGCCACAAUCAAGAAGCGACUCGGCGACGACAAAUCCACGACCUUCGAGGCGCUCGCGGCGGCGCUGUGGCUUGCCCGGACAGCGGCGCUGGAGAUCCCGGCGGGAGAACUCGCGCGGCUGGUGGUGAUCGCCAACUUCCGGCCCAUCGCGGCUGGGCCAGAUCCGGGCCUGGGCCUCCCCGCGGGGUACUACGGCAACGCGUGCGUGCCCCCCACGGCGCUUGCCGACGCCGGGGAACUGACGACGAGCUCCUCCGCGAUGUCGCUGCGCGAGGCGGCGGCGCUGGUGCGGGGCGCGAAGGCGGCCGUGACGGCGGACUACGUGCGGUCGACGGCGGACGUGCUGGCGGAGCGCGGGCGGCCGUGCCUAGCGCUCGACAACCUGCUCGUCGUCUCCGACCUCCGCCACGCCGGGUUCCGCGGAGUGGACUUCGGGUGGGCCGGGCCGGUCUAUGGCGGGCCGGCGGACACCGUGUUCGGGGUCUGCUUCUUCGUGGCGGUGAAGGGGGAGGACGGGGAAGAGGCCGUGGCCGUGCCCGUCGUGCUGCCCAGGAUCGCCAUGGACCGGCUUGCCAAGGAGGUGGAGAGGCUGUGCCAAGCUUGAUUCGCGUACGUACUGUGCUUUUCCCGUACGUACGUAUAGGGUACCGAUACUGUAGCCGUAUACUACAUGCAGCGUGGCGUGCGAUCUUUUGGCCCGAAAUUGUGCAAGUUUCUUUUUUUUGAGCGAACCGAAAUUGUGCAAGUUUUUUUUUUGAGAGCCGAAAUUGUGCAAGUAGCAUCUCAUGUUUGUUAUGGGCCGUGGAGCUGUUAUACAACAGAAAUGCAAAUUGGGCAAUUGUUUGGGA